CCCGCACUCGAGCUCGCUCGCGGAUUCGAGACGCCGACCACACUCGCUUCGCACCGCAGAGAGGGUCCAGUCGAUCCGACGUUCGCCUGCCAUUCGCGCGCCCGCUACACACUGUGCCCGUCGAUCCAACGCGUAGUGCGCACGACCUGAGGAACCCCGCGAGGUAUCCUGCGACAUCCAGCAUCUUAUCGACCAGAACGAGAAGGUGAACAAACCACACGAUGGCAUCCGGCGAAGAUUCGAUGAAUGACAAUGUGCAAUUUUUCGAGGGGGUCGAGAAACUGGUGGAGAUUUGGUUUACCACCAACGAUGCCACCAAGAAGGGCGCUGAUUUGAGGAAAAUUCCUAGGAGCAAACUGGAGUCCUUGCUGAAGAUAGUCCGCUGUGAGAUAAUCAGUUUCACCAGCAACGACAAUAUAGACGCCUACGUGCUGAGUGAAAGUUCGAUGUUUAUAUCUAAGCGUCGUUUUAUUCUGAAAACCUGCGGUACGACCACUCCAUUGCUAUGCUUGGAAGUCCUCUUGGACUUAGUCGAACAUUACGCAGGAUUUGACGAAGUGGACGACUUGUUUUACUCGCGUAAAAACUUCAAGCGUCCAGAUUUACAAGUCACGCCGCAUCAACACUUCGAUCAAGAGGUGGAAUUAUUGGACAGUUUAUUCAAUGAUGGUGCGGCAUAUUGUCUUGGGCCAGUCAAUAAAGACUGCUGGUUUCUGUACACGCUGAACCCACUUCCAGAAUUCAAUGGGCGCCAGGUACCGAAUGGCCAGAAUGUUAAAAUGGCCGAGCCGGAUCAGACCUUAGAGAUUCUGAUGACCGAUUUGGAUCCAGAGAUUAUGUCGGUGUUCACACGUGAGGAUUCACUGACCGCAGCUGAUGCGACCAAGAAGUCUGGUAUAGAUAAAAUAAUCCCGAAUAUGAUAAUCGACGACUAUUUGUUCGAACCGUGCGGUUAUUCGAUGAACGGAGUUACGAAAAAUAUUAAUACUGACUCCAGUUGUGGUAACUAUAUGACUAUUCAUAUUACACCAGAACCAGAGUUCUCUUACGUUAGUUUUGAGACUAACGUCCCGGCUGCGUCUUACCGCGAAAUCAUCAGUAGAGUAUUAGAGGCUUUCAAUCCCAGAAAAUUUACCAUCACUCUCUUUGCAAAUCAGGCAUCUCAAGCAAAGGAUACACCAGCAGAUUUGCGUCACCUCACCAAGAUCGGAGAUUGGCAUCGCCGCGAGUUGCAGGUGUGCCAGUUCAAGAACUACGAUCUCACUUAUCUCUUCUACAGCAAGUUCCCAAGCUGAGGGUGUAUGGACGAGCUGUGUUCUGUCACAGCUACCAGGCAUGCGAAGUUUCCAUCUGGCAUUCCCAUCAUUCGCCCCAAUCGCAUUCCAAAAAUUAAAUCUCCAUUAGGUCAACAACACUCGCCUUCCGUAACGGACGUUCUUACGAAUUUAUUAAACGCAGAGGACAAGAGCAACUCUGCGCGUACUUCACGCUUGAACAUUCACUUCGCAAACGCACGAACCAUCCGCACGCAUCCGCUCAACAUUCUCAUCGCUUCCUUUAUAUUCAUUUUGGUCUUCUCAUUCGAUGACUUCGCAUCGGCACUCAUCCUGUACUGCUGGUGGCGCACCAAAAUCUCGUGAAGUGCUUUUCGAACUUUUGCAACGAGCAGCGCGUACUUGACGUAAAGUCAAUACCCUAACAAUAGAAAACCCUUCCAAUCUUCCCUAACAAUCAUACUAUCAGACCAACAGGUCAUCCGAUGACGCUUUCAUGAGCAGAUCAUCGUCUUAGGCUGUGCGUGCCGUCGUUGUUCAACCUAUGAGGGUUAGCGCGUCCGCACCGGCCUACGGUACGCAUAUGCGCGUCCUCGCUGCAAAAGUUCACGCAUUCAUUCAGGACAUUUAUUUGAACAUUUCUGUAUCUAACUCAACCCAUCAGGGUUCAGAUAUGCGCCAUUUGGCGCGAGAAAAUUCGUUGUCGCCACCGCGUCCACGUGACAACUACAUGCGGUCGCAUGUUGAUGCGGUGGUGUUUUCGAAAAUUUAAACUUUUGUUAUUGUUAAAUUAAUUCUAUAUAAGUAUAAACAAUAUUGAAACGGAAGUAGAGCAUCAAAAAAUAAAUUUAGAAUUAUUGUACAUGUAAUUUUUUAGAGAGAGAGAGCAAAAAUAUAUAUAAUCGUUAGUAGGACCUUUUUGUUAACAUAAUAAGGCGGUUCAGUUCCAUUGGUGAUUACUAGCUAACUCUGUUCUGUUGUGAUAAGACGGUUUUAACGCAAGACAAUGGCAAUUACCGUUUAUUAUAAACCUCGCCAGCUGAUGGAGUUGGCUGUAAUUCAACUUGGAUACGUUGAGAUAUUUUAAGCUAAGGAUUAUUAUGUUAGCACACAAAAUUUAAAAAAAAAUAACAAGCAGGGUUGAAAAAGGUCCAUUUUUCUACAUAAUUAAUACUGUUACAUAGAAUUUAAUCAAUGUAAGGGUAUGAUCUAAUUGAUUCUAUACCAAAUGUGUUAUAUUUUAGUAUAUUAUAUAAAUGUAUGUUUCUAUGUAUUAUAGAUUCAAGUGAGGAAAACUUUAAAAUAUGUUAAUCAGAUGAAUACAGAUAUACAAUAAUCAAAUAUUUUUUUUAUAUCUCAAACAUUGACUGAGGAUAAGGCUCAGUCAACUUGUUUAAUAAGAAAAUUCUAUAAUUUGAGGCCGCCAGUGUAGUGACUCCAUAAUUCAAUGCAAGAUGUCGCCACAUUAUGAUUCGAAGAGAGCGCGGAAGGGAAAAACCUAACCACCUGCUACUGAACACGACUAAGAACCCUAAGCGCUUACCGCUGCUCUUUUAUAACUGCUGACUACCCGCAAAGAGUGGUGGGGGAAACUAGUGUUAUUCGUGCAUGAAGACACAUAUAAAACCUUCGACCAGCUCUCACCCACAAUCAUUGUGGAAAAACUUUAAUAACAUCAUGAUAACAUGCGCCACUAGUCAACACAUUCUACUAGUUCACAUUAAAUUCGUAUUGAAAUCAAUAAAUGAUUACAUUCUUAUCACUGAUCUGAGCGUAUCAGUAAAGAGUCAAUAAUCAGCCACUAGUAUUUAUCUACUUGCUACAAAUCGAGAAUUUCAAGCACACGUCUGUUAUAAAUAUUAAUCUCUUAAUGUGUGUGUAGAUUGUAUAUUUGAAUAGCCAUUAGUGUAAUUAUCAUAAGUUGAUUGUACACAAAGUUCGUGUGGACAGCACUUUUAUACUUGGCCUCAUCGGAAUACAUUUUUCACAUUUCGGUUAUAAUUAUUAGCUAAGCUACGAUGUAAGGUCAACUGGUUUCUGAUAAACCGCUCAAGCGCAAUAACAAUUUUAGAAUUGAUUGAUUAUGUAUCUGGAUAUAAAAACCGCGCGCACUCAUCACUUGGUGUUAGUCGAUAUUCAGGCAGCGAACGAAUAUUUACCAAAUCGUUGUGAAUCAUGAAGCGUACAUUGAUUUUCGUGGUUAUUGCAUUGCUUGUGAUCCAAGCCACAUUUGCACAAGAGGCCGAGGUGUGCACAGAGGGUGAGUCAAAAAAAUCCGACGAUAACUGCAAUGAUUGCUACUGUACCAAGGGGGGCUGGGCGUGCACAAGGAAACAAUGUGACGGACCAAAAGUGCAAAUCAGAGAUACCCGAGACGUCCACGACCACUGCGAGACUGGGCAGACCAAAAAGAUCGAGUGCAACACAUGCCAGUGCCAUGCGGGAAAUUGGGCCUGUACCGAGAUGGCUUGUUUCGUAAAACCAACAGCGUAACAAUUUCAGUCCAGAUUGUAAUUGUAAUGCGACUAUCAAUAACUUGUAGACUCUUUGACGAUGUCUGGCAAAUGAAAUAAAAUUGAUGCAUGUAGAAAAUUAA